AUGCUUAAAACCUUGAAUAUCCGAAUCAUCCAUUACAAAACUGUAGCACCAUGUCGGCUUUUGCGCAAUCGUACCUCGUUCUCAGCCAAAUCCUAUGCGGCCUUUAGGCCAUCAUACCCACCGGUCCUCUACAAGACUUUACUCGCCUAUCACAAGUUGCCUACGCCUUCAGGUAAGCUGCUCGACUUGGGAUGCGGCCAUGGGCUCAUCUCGCGCGAGUUGAGCCCGCACUUCAAGUCCACCUUGGCGAUUGACCCUUCCGCGGGCAUGGUGAAUCAAGCCAAGGACAUGACCAAAGACCCCAAGAUUGAAUUCAAGCAUGGCUCUGCCGAGGAUCUCGACUUUGUUCCCGACUCGUCCUUGGACAUGGCAGUCGCCGGCCAGGCGGCUCACUGGUUUGAUUACACCAAGGUAUGGCCUAAUCUAGCGCGUGUGGUUAAGUCAGGAGGCACCAUGGCCUUUUGGGGCUACAAGGACAACAUUUUGCUUGGUUACGAAGAGGCCACAACCAUCAUGGAGCACUUUGUGUACGGAUUCGGCGAGGUGGCGCCCGGCGUCGAGGGCAUGGGCAAAUACUGGGAGCAGCCGGGGAGGAAUAUACUCCGAAACUUGCUGCGGAGCGUAACACCGCCAGAGAGCGACUGGGAGGGCGUGGAGAGGCUGGAGCACGAGCCGGGACAAAAGGGCCAGGAGGAGCGGAUCGCCUGGCAGACCAAGAAGAUGAAGCUCGGCGAAGUCGAGGCGUAUACCCGAACAUUUAGCUGCUUUACAGGUUGGAAGGAGGCCUACCCGGAGAGUAGGAGCAGGGCCGAAGGAGGAGAGGGAGAUGUCGUCGAUAUCAUGUGGGAUCACAUGAUUGACGCGGUGCCAGAGUGGAAGGCCAUGGGAGACAAGUGGAAAGAGGCCGACGUUGUGUCGGAUUGGGGGACUUAUAUCCUAAUGGCUAGGCGGAGGUGA